GCUGUGGAGGUAUUAAGCCAGUCGGUGGACAGGAUUUCCCAGGUCUUGGUAGCUACUUUUCUGUGGGUCGGAGGAGAGGAGAUACCACAGCAAUGGGUCGUUUAUUUGAUAGAAAAGAGGUGACGAGUCCCAACUUUUACAGAGCAGUCGUAGGCGAAUUUUUCGCGAUGCUGCUCUUUGUUUUUAUCGGGAUCGGAUCCACAACUGGCUGGCCCAACGCGCCCACCUCACCGAGCAUGGUACAGAUCGCCCUGGCCUUCGGUAUUGCGAUCGCUACGAUGGUCCAAUGCUUCGGUCACAUCUCGGGCGGACACGUCAACCCGGCCGUCACCAUCGCGUUACUCCUGACGGGCAAAGUCACCAUCCUACGGGCCGUGCUCUACAUCAUCGCUCAACUGGUGGGUGCCAUCGCGGGAGCGGGGCUGGUGUACGCCGUGACACCGGAGGCUGUCCGCGGCGGGCUCGGCGUGACCGGCCUCAGCACCGGCAUGUCCGCAGGCAUGGGGGUCGGUGUGGAGCUCCUCCUCACCUUCCAGCUCGUCCUCACCAUCUUCGCCACCGUGGAUGGUAACCGCACCGACCUGAACGGAUCCGCAUCUCUCUCCAUCGGACUCUCCGUCGUCAUUGGCCAUCUCUUUGGGGUGAAGUACACCGGCGCCAGCAUGAACCCUGCCCGCUCCUUCGGCCCUGUCGUCAUCAUGAACGCCUGGGACAACCACUGGGUGUACUGGGUGGGCCCCAUCGCCGGAGCCAUCCUGGCCGCUUGGCUGUACGAGUUCCUGCUGGACCCCACCGCGUCCACCGCGCGGCUGCGGCGGUGUGUGACCUGCGCCUCCGCCGAGGACCAACCCAUCCACGACGCCGAGCUCACCGACAUCAGGAAACUGGACAACGAGGAUGCAAAGAUCUUGAGCUGUGACAACAACAUAUAGGUCUCUGAUUUGGAGUCAUCCCAUCACACAUUUGCAGACAUCGCGUGAGGGACAAAGUCGGAAUGAAGAGAUUGUUACAACUAUAUUUCUUUUUUGUCUUCGAUAACGUUACAGCAAUUGUUUUGCUGUUAAUAUAUUUUCAUCCCAUUUAUACAAUUGCACACUCAAUGCCAUUCGUUUUUCUGUGUUGUUGUUAGAAACACUGGCUGUAUUUUUUGUUUAUUAGUUUAUUUUGAGAAUUUAUCCUCUUGCUUUGAGACAACUAUCAGAUUAAAGACUAUGUCGGGGAAAAAAAGAUACCGUAGAUCGAAAUACCACUUGGAUGCGCAAGCGCGCCUCCUUGCGGACGGUUUGAGGGAAGCAGCUGACAGGUUUUGUGCGGUGUUUCAUAUCAACAGACGUUAGUAGAUAACGGGUGUUCUGCCAUUGAUAUGUAUACUACAAAGUCACAUGUGGUAGAAUUGUACUUGUAUCUAGAAUUUUGCUAACGUUAGUAUGCUAUUGAUAUCGAACAAGACAAAUAAACAUUUUUGAUGAAAGAA